AUGAGGGAGGUUGAGGCUGGGUACGGAUCCAAUGAGUCUAUCCCUAGCGGAGCAACAAGACCCGGUGCUGCUCCAUUACGUCGAUGCAGCAUCUCAAAAGUUGCAGAAAGCUCGUCGAUUUCAUGGAGGACCACGGCUGUCAGCUUCAGCAAUGGGGAAUGGGCAAGUUAUCCAGCACUUGUCUUUUUGAUUCUGGAUAAGUUAUUAGAACCCAUUGACCAUGUCCGUUUUGCUGCCGUCUGCAAGAAAUGGCGUUCUAUGUCCAAAAUCUAUAAUCAGGCAACACAGCGGUGGCACAACAAACAACUUCUCCCCAUGCUCCUGAUCCCGAACCAGGACAAAAACAACGACCGAAGAGUAUUGUACAGCAUUUCUGAAGGAAGAAUCUACAACAAUAUUCAACUGCAAGUUCCUUUUAAGAGGAGGUGUAGUGGCUCUUGCCAUGGCUGGUUUGCCACAGUUGAUCCAACAGACCAAGGUGUAGUGACCGUAACACUCAGGAACCCUUUCACAAAAGCAAAUCCCAUUUAUCUCCCUCCCUUGAAUGCCCAUAUCUCAGUUUAUGGACCAUCCUACUUUGAGCAUUAUGUUCCUAAGGUUAUCUUGUCCACUGACCCCACUCUGAAUCCGGAGAAUUACGUGGUUGUAGCACUUUACCGUUGCUGGUUUGAGUUGGCUUUCAUCAAGGCAGGCCAAAACUCCUGGACCUACGUCAACCCUGCUGGAACUUCAUAUGGUGAUGUAAUAUUCUAUAAAAGCCAAUUGUAUGCAGUUACAUCAUUUGGAGCGAUUGGGUCAUUGGAUGUUCAUGGUAGUGAUAGUAAUAACCCUUCACAACCACCAUCGAUAAAGCUACUCACACCUCGAAAGCCAUUCCGAUCUUAUUGUUUUCAUGCAUAUCUUGUGGAAUCAACUAAGGGAGACUUGCUGCAUAUACUAAGAUAUUAUGUGCCAAAGGACGGUGCUUUUAGGUUUUGUAAUAGGCAGACACUGGGAUUUGCGGUUUACAAGUGGGUGUUGAACGAUGAAGAAGAUGGAGGUUCUAUUGCGCACAAGGUUGAGGUAAAAAGCAUUGGAGAUGAGGCUCUGUUCGUGGGCGACAAUCAUUCAAUCUCUGUUUUGGCUUCAAACUUUCCUGGAUGUCAGCCAAAUUCCAUAUAUUACACCGAUGAUUUCCUAUCAACUUCUCCUUUGUCAGAUGGUGAUGAAGCAAAUGAUAUGGGGAUCUUCAACUUGGAGGAAGGAACCAUCACGCAACAUUACUCAGUGAAAACCAAUACUCAGAGAGCUAUUUGGGUUGUGCCACCUUUUAAUGGACUAUGUUAG